CUUUGCUGGUAGAGGACGUCAUUGACCACAGUCCAUUUGGAGACCAAUUUCUCCUCGUCAUUUUCCUACUUCGUGUUCAACCUAUAAUCCUCAAGCCACUGCCUACUUCGUGUUCAACCUAUAAUCCUCAAGCCACUUAGUAGUCAGGUUAUGAACCUCAAUCACAAGAGGACAAUGGACUAGGUUUAGCAACACGUAAGCGAGCUUUGCUGCUUCCAGCUCUUUCAUCUCGUUGAUUUCCUCGGUGGAAGGAUGGUGAUGUGAGGGGAAAUAAAAGGUCGCCUGCGCUUUCCUCCCUGUCCAAUUAAUCCCGCCACCAACUCCAUAUUUGUCUUUUCUUGGAUGACAAAGGAACAAAGACAUGCCACCAAGCCUUUGCACCCUUGUAAUUAUGAAUUGAUUCACCGAUUCAUUCACAAGCUCUCGUAUCAAUAUCCCAUCCCAUGACCACCUGAAAUUGACGUGGAUGAAGAAUAAUAGAAAGCUCCAAAAUUGUUGUAUCCCAUUUUACUUUGCAAUAUGCCAACGCACUCAGCUCCACCGACGUCCGCUCUAAAUAGAAUACAGCUGCCGCCGGCCUAGGCUCAUCCCGAUUCACUGCUAGGACAAGAAGUUGCCUAGGGGAAAGGUCUCCCUGCUGUUUGCGCCGCAAGGAAAGGAUUCGUUUCCUUCUGUUGCCACUGCGAAUGAUGCUGGGGACGGGAACAUGGCUUCUCCACUCGAGGUUUGGGAAAGAAUUCACUGCCUCCGAGAUAUUGCAAUUGCUUCGUCGUGAACAAUAAGCAAUUGAAUCGUUCGAGCCAGAAUCGACAUCCUAUUUGAUACAAAUCACAGCAACCAAACAUAUUAAAAUUGUUAGGAAUCGAACAGGAAAAAUAGGGUUACCGAUCUGGCUGAGUCGCGGACUAGGUCGCUCUCUUUAAGACGUUCGCGGCACUACCUCAUUAUUCGCACAUCAGACUAUCAACCGGUCGCCUCCAGGAUAAAAUAGUCACUCUUGCGAUUUGCUCAACGGUUUUGUGCGAAAACCGGAGCUCUAUGAACUCACUCUCUUUCUCGUGUUUCUGCUCUCUGAGGUGUGUUUAGAGGGUCUAGGGCGUCUCCUAUUUAUAGGAGCAGAAAACCCAGAAUAUUCCCUCUUUCUUUGGGAAUAAGUCACAUUUUAAUUGGGGAGAUAAUUACUCCCAUAAUUAAAAUAUAAUCUAUUAAGAUAAUUAUUCCUAAUUAUCUCCAUAAUAUUCCUUUUAUUAAUUAUCCAUCUUAAUUUCGUAUUAUGGGAAAAUACUGGAUAAUUAAUUAGGAAUUUCAUUAUAGCUUUUCAAAGCUAUUCAUCCCAACAGUUGGUACUUUCUUCCCUGGCUAUUUGGUCGAUAGGCUGCUCUGCCGGACAUCCAAAGUAGCUCUCGACGGCACACGGUACUCGCUAUUCUUCAGUUAUAUGAUUCUCCUUCUCCAUUUCUUAGUUCUAGUCUAGUCCUUUUUUACGAACGCCAGUAUCUAGCUUCGUUUCGAGGCUUGAACUAUCUUUUGAGCUCUUUGCAGAGAAUAGGCUUAUUUAGGGUUUCAUAUUAUGGUGUGUUGCGUAUGGGUAAGGCUCGUUUUUUGCUGCAAUUUCAAGCUCUUUGUAGAGAAUAGUGCAGGUCAGGUGUUGUUUACAUUGGAAUUUUGGGUCCGUUGUUUAUUUUAAACCCUAUUAAUAGGCUUGUUUUUUCCGUUCAUUGCCGGUGGUUUGCAAGUCACUUCUCUAAUUAGUGGACCUGACACCGAAAGAUGACCAAAGGUUUGAAUUGGCACGUUUACUUGUUGUGGGCUAAUGUAAUUUCUUCAAAUAUAUUCUUCACUCACGUUUGACAAUUCUACGGCACACUAAAACUUGUUAAUCGGAAAACUUAGACUCUUUUUUGAUGGGCUAAUGUAAUUUCUCAAUUUAAAAUUUUGAGUUGCUGUGGGCCUAAACAUCAAAGAGAAAUAAUCCAUCAUUUAUCAAGCCCGCUGCAUGGAGCGGCAUGCUUAUUUCCUUCGAUUGUAAAAUGAAUCCAAACUGUUUUUUCAUCUUUUUUUAAGUAAAGCUCCCCAUUCAUAGUUUGUUUUCUUAAUCUUUUUCAGGUAGAAAAUGGCGGAUAGGUGCCAAAGGUGUAGGUACAGCCGAAGACCGUGUCCACUAGACUGUCGCUUCAGACCCUACUAUCGUCCUGGGGAGCAAAAUUUCCAAAUAGUUGGGAGCAAAAUUUCCAAAUAGUUGUGAAUGCAUUCGGAUAAUGGAUAGUCUGAUGCAGAAUGUACCCAACCGGAGCCAUGAUAGGGUCCUGUUGGGCAUAUGACUCGGGUCUAGCCGCGCCAAAGAAGCACCCCGGCAUCGCCCUCAAAAGGGUCAGGCGCGUUAGUGCCAACACAACCAAAGUUGCGCCUGCGCGAGAACCUUGAGCGCGGCAGAGGCAACACUCGCGGACUAAAUCCCAGACGCCGAACGACGACGUUUCAACCAAGCGUUGACCAGACCAAGAAACCAUGGAAACAACGCCGCAUUCCUCGAAGAGUAGUCAUAUCAUAGUCCUAGGUACAAUCAUGGACCAAACUCCUAGUCCUAGGUAGAGGUGUGGUCUAAAGUUUUGACAUGUCAGUAGUCAUAUCACUAUGUAACUCACCCACCACCAUGUAGCCUAUAAAUAUGGCAUUUACUCCGGUGGGUGAGGGGAUCGGAUUUUUCUGACUCUAUCUCUACAAACUACGAACUUCUCUCUCUAAGAUAUACUCUCUCAAUCACAUUCUCUCAAUCCUUUGUUCUUCGACCAUUAGUGAACUCCCAUUGCUUACUCUUCUCGUCCCCUUCUCCAGAAUCUCACUCCUACACUCAGUUAGGUUCAAACAAUUGGCGCCCACCGUGGGGCAGAGUAGAAAAGCAGUAGGAAAUCAACCAAUGAUAGAACACAACCCCAACUUACCUGAUCAAGGCAAUGACAAACCUUAACACGGUGCUCAUCGAGGAAGAAGAGCCCGAGAUGACAGCCAAGGAAAUGAGGCAGCAAAUGGCCAAAACGAAGUCAUAGCCGGUAUGCAAAAAAAGAUGAGUCAAGUCAUAGCGCUCAUGAUGAGCAAGGAGGCCGCGGCAAUAACACACGUGGAACCAAACGCGGCAACAGAUGAAGCGCCAGAUCUCAUCCCGGAACCAGAACUUGUCCCACCGCCACAACUUAUGGCGAUCGCGUCGCCCGCGCGCGAAGUGCAACAAGUGGAGCCGCGGGGCAGAGCAGACCUCACUUUCUUGGAACAACACCUAUCCCCGCAGUACCGCCCUCACCCCCCUAGAAGAAUCCUCAACCAACCAUUGUGAGCGGAAAUAAUGGCGGAACAUCUACGCGGAAUACCGCCCGCCCUCCCUACAUAUAACGGGACAACUGACCCGGAGGACCAUGUCAGCACGUUCUGCCUUAGAAUGCAACUCCAAACCAAUUCCAACGCGGCGCUAUGCCGAACCUUUCCUUCAACAUUCUCUGGCAUAUGCCUCGAUUGGUACAACAGACUUCCCAAUGGAAUCAUCCGCUCAUUUGAAGAGUUCACACUGUUGUUCACCACCAAGUUCGCGUCACAAAAAAGAAGACCACUCCAUCUCAAGGCCUUAAUCGACAUCAGGCAAAAAGAUGGAGAAAGCUUACAGGCAUUCUACGCCAGAUGGUCCAGGGUGGCAAUGGCCGUGCGCGACCUGACCCUCGAAACCGCCGCCCAUCACCUCAUGGACGCCACCAACAACAUGGAACUCAAGCGAGCGUUGGCAAAAAGACCAGUCACGCUCACGACAGAGCUGGAAGUUAAAAUUGAGAAAGCCAUCACACUAGAAGAAACCUUGGGCACAGGUUCUGUUAGACGCUUCGAACCCUCGAAACCACCCAGAGAAGAUCAAGGGCGGAAGCAACUCGCGGUGCCAUGGGAACAGCUGGCACAAUUGCACAGCGGGGCGAGGCGCACGCCCGCCCCAACAGAGCUGGCACUGCAAAGACGUUCACCAGACGGUCGCCCUCAAAACAAUUAUACCCCACUCAACGACCCGAUAAAAAAUGUGUUCCAUGUGCUCCGCGAGAAGGGUUACAAUAUCAACUGGCCCGCGCCCGUGAGGGCCCUACCACACAUGCGCGACCCAAGCAAGCGUUGUGAAUUUCACACGGAGACGGGCCACAUGACGGAAGGCUGCAGGGAACUGCGCUACGAAAUUGAAGGCCUCAUCAGGAGGGGACUAUUAACCGAGUUCAUUCAUGGGGCGGAAGAGCAGAAGGAACAACCUUGAAAACCGCCACCCCCUCCGCAACCCGACUAUGACGAGGCCACCGGCUCGUAUGUAGUACGAAAAGAAAUAGGGGUGGUAACAGUGGAAGGAGACCGCCCAAAGAAAAAGACCAAGCGUGA